AUGCCAAUGUCUUCCUCGUUCUCCUCGCCUGAUAGGUUUGGAGAUAGAAAAUCCCAACAACAAAAGAAGAAAAGAGUCGGAAAGGCUUGUGAUUCUUGUAGACUCAAGAAGACAAAGUGUUCUGGCAAGCAGCCUUGCGAGAAGUGUCAGGCCGAUAACAAGAUUUGUAUCUACACCGAACGCAAGAAGUGCAGAGACAAGAGCUACUCCUACGACUAUGUGGAGCUGAUUGAAAAAAGGCUCCGUCUUGUUAACAGAGCCCUGAUUAAGCUUUCCGAAAUGGUGAAGCUCCAGAACACAGUCGAGCUCGAUCAAUUCGCAGAAAACUUGACUUACAACGAAUACGAUGAAUCGGUCCCAAUUUCGAUCAAUCAGGCCAUCUCCUUGUUGAUUGAUAAAUCUGAUAUUGUAGACCAUUCAGACAACGAAACCAGCCCUGAACAAGGUAGCUUACGCAAAUCUUCUUCUCAUGAUGACACUUUUGAUGACCACCCAGUUAAGAAGGAUGAGGUACCGCAACCAAGUUUUGUUCCAUACUCGUCUCCAGAGUCCAUCACUCCUAGAUCGGACGAGCCAUUUUCGCCUCUACCCAACGUUGCCACCACUGAUUCCAAUACCGACUUUAUGAUUAACACGCAUUCGACCUCGGGACGUCUUGACGACAUCAAGGAGGAAGAGAAGGACGACGAAUUCUUUAGUCCUCUCAGUCCACUGCCUUCGGACCUGUUUUUGAACGCUAUCAAUGCCCCUACCGCCAGAGCAGAGAGCUUUGACGACCUUCAGAGCGGAGCUCCUUCUUCGGUGGACCUCAAUGGCUCUUCCUCGGGCCAUAGAUUAGCCUCUUCGGCAUUGAAUGGGUUGCUAGGCUCCCAUCGGUCGAGCUCCGGCUUCUUGAUGUCGGACUUUGACCUCAACUCGCCAGCUUCGAUGCUGGGAACGUCUCCAGACUCCACCUACAACUCCAAGACCAUGGUGAUCAACCCGAUGAAUCUCUCGCGCAACGACAGCUCCUACUCCUCCUACUUUGGUGAGGAUUCGUACCUCGACUCUGUUCAUCCUCCCAGCAACUUGCAAAGAUCAGCAUCCACAAGAUCUUCCGACAGUACGAACCGCAAGCACUCCAACCAACACAGACACCACCACACAUACUCGCAGCACCCACAUCCAUACAAAAAAAAUGAUCCGAACACUGUCGAGAGCGCUCUAAUCGUUCCUGCGCUGAAGGACGAGUUUCUCGGAAUCAACUAA